AACGAUACCCGCCGAAACCAUCCACCACCUCCUCCCACACCUCCCAGCCACCAUUCCCAACGAUACCCGAUCACUUCUCCGACACAUACCCAAAUCAAGCUUAACAAAGCUAUUGGGGACGUGAGAUCCAGCUGGUCUUGAAGCCAACAGGAGGUGCGAAUGUAGAAAUUGGCGACGAACUCGGAGGGUAGGGCUUGGUAGGCUGCCCAGCAGGACUCGGAGGCGUUGCGUGGGGGGUUCAUAUGGCAGCCGUCACAUUGAAUGCAUUGAGAAGUAGUCUUCUUCUCCAAAUUUUUUUUGUCUCGGGUUGUUGCGGGUUUCUUUCAAAGUUGUACUGUUUGGGCACAAAGUCUUGCCCUUUAGGCUACCAAAACACACAAUGUAAUGAAAUGUAAGAAUGCUGCUGAUCUCAUCUAUAUUUACCAAGAAGGAUCAUGGUCCCGUUUUUUCUAUUUGUUAAAGUUGGUGGGUUUGGUUUCUUCCGUGGGUGUCAGCAUGGAUUUAAUUACCAGCACAAGCGUGGUCUUGUGAAUGUGAAGUUGAAAUGGGUGAAAGAUAGGGGAUUGGAUGCUGUUGUGACUGCUGCGAGAGAUCUCAAAGCUGCCUGUAUUCUUGUUUCCAUUAUCUCAUCCUCACCUCAGUGCUGCCUCCCCAUAUACCGUCUCUCUUGCCAUCGUGGACAACUCAGUCUUCCUUGUGAUCUGAAGCUCUCUACUUUUAUUAGGAAAUUUCCUUCUGUUUUUGUUGAGUCCCACACAUUUUGGAGUGGAGGUGCUCGUGUCCCAUGCUUUAGCUUGACUCCUGAAGCUCUACAACUCUACCAUGAGGAACUCAAUGUCCUUCAGCAGAAUCAGGUGGAUCUCAUUAAUAGGCUUCAAAAACUGCUCAUGCUUACCCAGGGUUGGACCCUUCCUUUACAAACCCUUGACCAACUGAAAUGGGACCUGGGCUUGCCAUAUGAUUACCAGCACUCAGUCAUUCCACAUCACCCUGACCUAUUCUCUUUCAUCCGCCUCCCCGAUGACCGUGUUGGCUUGAAGCUCUUAUCCUGGGACGAGGACCUCGCUGUCUCCCAAUUGCAAAAGAAUUCUGCUAUACAACAGAAGGAAGAAGAUGCAAGAAGUGGCUGUUUAGCUUUUCCUGUUGGAUUUACGAGGGGUUUUGGAUUGAAGAGAAAAUGCAUGGAGUGGUUGAAAGAGUGGCAGACCCUCCCUUAUACUUCGCCGUACUCUGAUGCCUCUCAUUUAGAUCCUCGUACAGAUGUAUCGGAGAAGAGGAUUGUAGGGGUUUUUCAUGAGCUUCUUCAACUAACUAUACACAAGAAAACUGAGCGUAAGAAUGUGAGUAACCUUCGUAAACCUUUGGCCCUACCCCAGAAGUUCACUAAAGUGUUUGAGCGCCAUCCAGGUAUUUUCUACAUUUCAAAAAAGUGUGCCACUCAAACUGUCAUUCUAAGGGAAGCUUAUAACCAUCAACAACUCUUGCAAAAACACCCCACUGUAGAUUUGAGGGAAAGAUUUGCAAGGCUGUUAAGAAAAGGGCUCCUGGAUAGGAGCAAAGGUUUAUACAAGAAGAGUAAAGGUGAUGGUGUAGAAGUAGAUCCACAUGUUGAUGAUAUCGGUAAUAACCAAUCCAGUUCCGAAGAGGAGUCAGUUAACAAUUUGUUUUAUGAGUACGACUCCGAUAAACCAGACGAACCUAGGAUUCAGUUGUGAAGGGUUUUGGGUCCAGAGAGGACUAAUAUCUUCUGGACACCAUAUCUUGGAUUAAUCUCAUGAUCAUCAGCGAGCUGAGAAGAUGGGUAGCGGUGGAUUCUAUGUACAAAGAACGUAAUUGUGCAGUUGAUUCUGAAACUGAAUUAUGAUGAUCACAAUUAGGUUGAUGAGUAAGAGGAUGAGGAUGAGGAUGAGGAUGAGGAUCGUGGUGUAGUUGGUUGAUAAUACCAUUGGUGGGAUUGAAGAUGAGUUUGGUAUUACUGGUAGCAGAUGUGAGUAAAAGUAAAAGGAAGAUGACCAUCAAAUCUUCUAGCCUUAUCCCUGUUUUCAAGGGCCCAACAAACCAGACCUGAGAGACAAAUCAACACUUUAUUAGAAACGAAGAAAUUUAAAUUGAACAAGAAAGUUGUGUGAUCGUUUGAAAUAGUAUUUCUGUGAAGUUGAUAUUGGCCAAGAAGCAAUAACAAGACGGUGUAUUUAAGGUCUUUCUUACAACAGCUUAGGGUAGUCAAGAGUUGAAUGAGUGGUUAAGGAUUUGUAUGAGAUGAGUGAAAGUGAGGUUAGAGUUAUAAUAUAUGGGAUUUGGUUUUACACUGGUUAUAUUUUCCAUUAUUAUUUCUGUUUAUAGUUUC